CUACAGUUUCCGAUAAAAAUUUAUAAAAACCAUAAAUUUUUUAUUCUCCGCUUUUUAUUUCCCAAAAUAAUUGUAAACGCGUACAAUUACCAGACUUUUAAAGCAAUCCUACAGAAUAAAAUUUUAGAAUAUAUGUUUUAACUCAUAAUUAUUUUUAAUAUUUAACGAUUUUGGCAUAAAAAAAAAACAUUUAAAAGAACAAAAUGGACAAUUCUCAGAAUUCUAUAAUAGAUGGAGAUCAAGCACAAGGAGAGGCCGGUUCAUCACAGGAAGAAAGCAACACCAUAGAAUUGGCAAGUAGGUUGAGAUUAUUGGAAGUCAUAAACGUUGACAAUGGGAUUCCCCCAGCCGUAUAUUGCACCCAAAAAUUCAAAUAUAUUCUUAUAUUAGACUUUGAAGCAACAUGUUGGGAUAAAUAUACCCAAAAUAAAGGUUUACCUGAAAUUAUAGAAUUUCCCUGUGUACUGUUUGACACAAGUAGAAGGAUAAUUGUAGAAGAAUUUCAACAAUAUGUGAUGCCAUGUGAAAACCCAAAACUAAGUCCAUUUUGUACUCAGUUGACAGGCAUACAUCAAUCACAAGUUGAUAGAGGUAUCCCUUUACAAACUUGCUUGAUGAUAUUUUCACGAUGGUUGAAACAUAAAUCUUUUCAAUACAAUUUUUCUUUAUACAAAACCGAAAAUAACAGGGCAGUGUUUGCUACAUGGAGUGAUUGGGAUUUAGGCAAUUGUUUGAUAAAUGAAUGCAAACGAAAAAGAAUUUUUAAACCAGAUUACUUUUCAAAAUGGAUUGAUAUAAGGAAAUUAUACGUGAUGCAUUACUUAAGAAGACCAAAAGGAUUGCUUGGUGCCUUAAAUGAUGUAGGAUUGACUUUUCAAGGUAGGGAGCACUGUGGCCUUGAUGAUGCCAGAAACACUGCAAUGUUAGUUGGAAAGAUGAUUGUAGAUGGUGUAUUAUUUUCUAUAACUAGUAGUACAAGAAAAAACGAUACUUAAUUUGUUAAAUGAAAGACAUUUUGUAUAUAUAUACAAAUAUAUUUGAUAUUUUAAAUUAA